CCCACUGGCUGAAAGGGAGGAUGCAGCAGCAUAGACAGAAAAGCAGGGCUGAGGAUGGACGAUAGAAAGAUGAAGAGAGAGAAGAGAGAUUCACAACACUCUCUCCACUGAUCAUAUAGUAGGUGCUGGACUUUCAUCCACAUCUCACUGAUGUCCGAGGAGAAAUGCCUGUGCGGUAUGACAUGAUGAGCUCCAGCAUCUGACCGAACGAACUUCAGAUUCUCUUCCAGUCUCAAGCUCAUCGAGCGGCUCUUUCAUUCUCCCAAGUUUUUUUCGCGGGAUCUUUGCGGCAUUUCCCGCCUUUAAAUCAGCGUGAGCUGCAGCGCACGAACGGAGGCUGAUGAUGAAUAUGAAACACAUCAGAUCGGGCAUAUAAUGGGCAUCGAGGACACGGGCAUGAGGAACGGACGGGCUCUGUCCGAUCAGUGGGCCGACAGCGUGGUGGUCCGACCCCGGACUACCGAGCAGCACAUCACGGUGCAUAAGAGACUGGUGCUGGGCUUCGCCAUCUCCAUCCUCACCCUCAUCAUCGUCACUGCCAUCGCCAUCACGCUCAGCGUCAGCUUCGAGAGAUGCGCCGCGGAGAGCAGCGGGGCUCUGGCCGCCAACGGCUCCAGCAACAGUAAGUGGAAACAGUCACGGGACGGGAACAUCAGUCACAGAGACUCGGAGGACGGCCAGCAGCCCUGGAGACACCUGCGCUUACCGGCCACCCUGCGCCCGCGCCACUACGACCUCCGCCUGACCGUGCACAUGGAGAACUUCAGCUUCUCCGGCGAGGUGAACAUCGAGUUUGAGUGCGUCAACUCCACCAAGCUGAUCGUGUUGCACUCGGACCGGCUGGAGCUAGACAAAGUGCUGGUGUUUUCGGACAGUAAAAAAGCGGGCGCCAUGCGGAUCCAGCGCCGCUUCCACUAUCAGCCCAAACAGGUGUAUGUGAUCGCGCUGCACAGAGAGAUGAAGCCCCUCAGAACAUACAAGAUCAACAUCACCUUCACUGCGCACAUCGAGCACGAGCUGCUGGGCUUCUUCCGCAGCUCCUACAUGCUCAAUGGAGAAAGAAGGUUUCUGGCGGUGACGCAGUUUUCUCCGACUCACGCUAGAAAGGCCUUCCCGUGUUUUGAUGAGCCCAUCUAUAAAGCCACAUUCAGAGUGAGUCUGAAACACGAGAGCUUGUAUCAGUCGCUGUCCAACAUGCCAGUGGAGGCCACCACAUCUGAUGAGGAUGGAUGGGUGACCAACCAUUUCUCCAUGACGCCCCGCAUGUCCACGUAUUACCUGGCCUGGGCCGUCUGUAACUUCACCUACAAAGAAGCAGUCGCAGACAAUGGAGUCCUGAUUCGGCUGUACGCCAGACCUGAUGCCAUCCAGAGCGGAUCGGGUGACUACGCUCUGCGCAUCACCAAGAGACUCCUGCAGUUUUACCAGGAUUACUUCAAAGUCAAAUAUUCCCUCCCCAAAUUAGAUCUGCUGGCAGUGCCAAAACAUCCGUAUGCAGCCAUGGAGAACUGGGGCCUCAGUGUGUUUGUGGAGCAGAAGAUCUUACUGGAUCCUGACGUCUCCUCCUUCUCCUAUCAGAUGGAGCUCACCAUGGUUGUAGUGCACGAGAUCUGCCAUCAGUGGUUCGGGGAUCUGGUCACACCGGUUUGGUGGGAGGACGUUUGGCUGAAAGAGGGAUUCGCUCAUUACUUUGAGUACAUUGGGACUGAUUUCCUCUUUCCAAAGUGGAACAUGGAGAAGCAGAGGUUUCUGACUGAUGUCCUUCAUGAGGUGAUGUUGCUGGACGGUUUGGCCAGUUCUCACCCAAUCUCUCAGCAAGUGUUUGAAGCCACAGACAUUGACAGAGUCUUUGACUGGAUCGCCUAUAAGAAGGGAGCUGCUCUGAUCCGAAUGCUGGCAAACGUCAUGGGACAAACACUAUUCCAGAGAGCCCUCAAUGAUUACUUGAUGACGCAUAUGUACGGGAACGCAGCAAGAGAUGACUUGUGGAACAAACUCUCAGAGGCCAUGCAGCGGGAGGGAAAGGACAUCAACAUCACACAGGUUAUGGACCGCUGGACUCUACAGAUGGGCUAUCCGGUGGUCACCAUCAGCAAGAACGACAGUCUGGACAACAGCAUCACUAUUUCCCAAGAGCACUUUGUCUACGACACAGACGCCAAGAUUCAGAAUCCUGAGCUGUUCAACAAAAGCUUCCAGUGGCAAAUACCACUAACGCUCGCAGUGGGAAACGCCAGUCACAUAUCAACGGAGACCAUCAUUUGGGUCACAAAUAAAUCAGAGGCGCACAGAGUGGGUCACGUGGUUGGUGAGACGUGGUUGCUGGGCAACAUCAACCAGACGGGCUACUUUAGAGUGAACUACGACCUUCACAACUGGAAACUUCUUAUUCAACAGCUGACGAGAAACCCGACGAUCAUCUCUGUGGGCAACAGGGCCGGUCUGAUUGAUGACGUCUUCAACCUGGCGAGAGCUGGAUAUUUGCCCCAAAACGUCCCCCUGCAGAUGAUCUCCUAUUUGUCUCAGGAGACCGAGUUUCUGCCCUGGCACGCUGCUAGUCGAGCGCUUUACCAGUUGGACAAACUCCUGGACCGCACUUUAGACCACAGCCUGUUCAGCGAUUAUGUACUAAGACAGGUGGAACCAAAGUAUCACAAGCUUGGCUGGCCAGCCACUUCCCCUGACGGCUCCUUGAUGCAUUCAGCUUAUCAGACAGAAGAGCUACAGAGAGAGGUGAUCAUGCUGGCCUGCAGUUUUGGAAACAAACACUGUCACCGCCAGGCUGUUUCUCUCAUUUCUGACUGGAUUUCCAGCAACAAGAACAGGAUUCCACCCAACGUCCGGGACAUUGUGUACUGCACAGGUGUUUCUCUGAUGGAUGAGGAUGUGUGGGAAUUUAUCUGGAUGAAGUUUCACUCGUCUACAGCCGUCUCUGAGAAGAAGGUUCUUUUGGAGGCCUUGACCUGCAGUGACAACAUCUUCCUGCUUAACAGGUCAACCAACACUGCAACACUGUAAAAUAACAAUAAUAAC